UACCCAUCUAUGGUCCUUACCUUGGUAGCAGUGCUAGCCACGGCGGCCAUGGUUAUCGCAUGUGCACGCGCUGUGCAGUGCGGCUCGCAGGCUGGCGGGGCGACAUGCCCAAACUGCCUCUGUUGUAGCCACUUCGGCUGGUGCGGCUCCACACCGGAAUACUGUGGCGAUGGUUGCCAGAGCCAUUGCUCUGGCUGCGGCAGCACGCCUGUCACACCCUACCCCUUCGGUGGUGUGUCCUCCAUCGUCUCCCGCUCCCUUUUCAACCAAAUUCUCCUCCACCGUAAUGACCCAGCAUGCCAGGCCAAGGGCUUCUACACAUAUGACGCCUUCAUCGCUGCCGCCGCUGCCUUCCCUGGCUUUGGUACCACUGGUGGCAUCGCCACCCGGAAGCGCGAGAUAGCUGCCUUCCUAGCGCAGACCUCCCAUGAGACCACUGGCGGAUGGCCCACAGCCCCGAAUGGGCCCUACACAUGGGGCUACUGCUACAAGCACGAGCGCACUACCUCCAGCUACUGCACCCCAAGCGAGCAGUGGCCAUGUGCCCCUCGAAGGCGCUACUAUGGCCGCGGGCCCAUCCAGCUAACUCACAACUACAACUACGGGCAGGCAGGACGGGCCAUUGGGGCUGACCUGUUGGGCAACCCGAACUUGGUGGUCGUGAAUCCAACCGUGUCUUUUGAGACGGCGAUGUGGUUCUGGAUGACGGAGCAACCGCCCAAGCCUUCGAGCCAUGCAGUGAUCACAGGACAAUGGAACCCGUCGGCGACGGACCGUGCUGCGGGGCGGGUGCCUGGGUUCGGCGUGAUCACCAACAUCAUCAAUGGCGGGAUCGAGUGCUUUCACGGGUAUGAUGAACGUGUUGAGGACCGAAUCGGAUUUUACAAACGCUACUGCAACAUCUUUGGUAUCGGCUAUGGUGACAACCUGGACUGCUACAAACAGAGGCCCUUUGCCUAA